GAUGCAAGAACUGCUCAUCCUCCAGCCCUCUCCAUUUCCAAUCAACUGCUGAAAGACCGCUGGGGAAAAAACAAACAAACUGAACAAGCCACACUUUCUUGGCUGCAACAUGGAGUUUUCCAGUGGGACGGAUGAGCCGGCUUCCGCGGAGGUAGUGUCCAUCGCAAAUGCUCUUUCUCUGCCAGCAGAGUCUUACGGCAAUGAUCCAGAUAUUGAGAUGGCUUGGGCUAUGAGAGCAAUGCAGCAUGCUGAAGUAUAUUACAAGCUGAUUUCAUCAGUUGACCCACAGUUCUUGAAACUCACCAAAGUGGAUGAUCAGAUCUACUCUGAAUUCCGGGAGUGUUUUGAGAAACUCAAGAUAGAUGUAUUGGACCCAGAAGAACUCAAAUCAGAUUCGGCUAAAGAGAAGUGGAGGCCAUUCUGCUUGAAGUUUGGCAGGAUUGUAGAAGACUACAACUAUGGUACUUUGCUGCGACUGGAUUGUUCUCAGGGCCACACAGAGGAAAAUACUAUCUUUGCCCCCAGGAUACAAUUUUUUGCCAGUGAAAUUGCUCGGAAUCAAGAAGGAUAUAACAAAGCUGUUUAUAUCAGUGUUCAUGACAAAGAAGGAGUGAAAGGAGUCAAUGGAACAGAGGAUGGAGGAAAGAAAGGAGCUGACAAUGGAGGAGAAGCAGAGAAAGUAGAGAAAGGAGCACCUAGUAGAGGAGAAAAAGAAAGAAUCACCAGAGAAGGAGAAAAAGAAAAGUGACAAAGGAGGAGAAAAAGAAAAGAAAGCUGACACAUCCACCACAGCUGUGAAGCAUCUGUGUAAGGUAGACAGAGUACAGGACUCUGGAGACUGAUACUCAAAUGAGGCUACAGGUACCACAGUGCUACUUGCAUAGACUCCUUUGGUUAAAUGUAUGUCCUUGUCAGUUGAAGGACACUAAAAUAACAUCUGUCUAACAUAAUAAUCAGGAGUUGCUCUGGUUGUUCCCUUGAAUGAACUGACUUAAAAGCCUACUAGGCGAGUCUUAGUUAAUUGUUUGAUAUGUUUUUUCUUGACUCUCAACUGCUGUCCAAGUAAAAAUCGUUGUAAAUAAAUUGUUCUUGGUACUUAUGAUUAUCUAUAUCUGUGGCUUGUAAGACAUAUUUGAAGUUGUUAGACACUUCAAAUUUUUUUGGGUAUAUAAUCUUUCUACUAUGUCUUAUAUAAAAUUAUUGAUACAUGUUUCUUAAUUCUUCUCACUGUUUGCUAUAGUGAAGUUCUCUCAAGCUGUUAAGUUGUACCUGAUCCUAGGAUUAGUUGUCCUUAUAUACGAAUUGACUGUAGCUCUGUAAUUUCCUUUGGUAUGUCUAAAAAAGACCAUGUAAGUACUCUAUGUGGAGAACAGCACUAGCCUGAACCUGUCUGAAUAGUGAAGGCAGCCCUGCUCAUAGUAGAAGAGCAAGAUGUGGACCUGUUUUAGUACUUCUCUUUUGAUAGCCAGGCUGUUCUCUGAAAGCUAGCAAAUAAUAACAACAUAGUAAAAUAUAAAGCCGGAUAGUGGUCUCCCUUUUAUCAUGCAGUGGAUAAUAACAUAUAUAUUUAUAUAGUAGCCCAACAGUUUAAAAUGUUUUGUCAGACUCCACAAAUAAACACUGGUUUUAUGGGA